CAAAACACAAAAUGUUUACCAAAUCCCUAAUAACCCUGACGGUGUUGAGUGCCUUGUUGGUCUCACUGAAUGCCAAUCCUACAGAUGAACUUGAUUGCCCACAAAUCUGUCCGGCCUUGUAUGCUCCACUCUGUGCUUCCAAUGGCAAAAUCUACAAGGAAUUCAGCAAUGAAUGUGAAUUGAAGGCUAGCAAUUGUCGUCAAGUGAGGAAUUCCAUGCAACCCUAUACUGCCACUUCCAUGGACUGGUGCAGCACCGAAUUCGUGGAUUCUAUGGAAAACCUAUUUGUAAAACUGAACAAUUUGGAUUUGACCACUUCGAAGUGUUUGAAACCCUGCGCCAUGAUCUAUCAACCGGUGUGCAUUUCCAAUGGCAAAUAUCGUGCCUUGGCCAGCAAUGAAUGUCUGAUGGAGAACAUCAAUUGUGCUUUGGGUACUGAAAAUACCUUCAAAGUUCUUCAAGCUGGAAGCUGUUAAAUAAAAUUUGGAUUU